AUGUUUGCAGAUGAUUUAAACAUUUUUAGAAGAAUUGAUUCAUUUGAUGACUGUUUAUCUCUUCAAGACGAGUUGAAUACUCUUGUGUUGUGGUUCAAAUCUAUUGGGUUACAAUUUAACAUUGACAAAUAUAGUUCAGAUUACGAAGCAUUCUGUGCAAGGGGUGAUUAUGUCCGUAUAAUGUAUUAUGAGUUGGAACUUGGAAGAGAUGAAAGCAAAGAAUUACAAUUAACAGUUGACACAUUGAGAACAAAUGAAAGUGGGCUUAAAAAACAAAUAAAUGGAUUAAAACAAGAUAUUAUUCGAGAGCAAUCGGAAAAUGGAAUAUUAACAAAACGUAUUCAUGAACUAGAGAAGCAAAAAACAGUUUAUGUAUGUAGAUCAGAAGAUAUAACAGUAACAAAGAAGGAAUUAAAAAAAUGUAUGGACGAGAAAGAAUCGUGUGAAAAUCGAUUCAGUAACCUUGAUUGUCCUUUCUACCAGUCAAAAUAUGGUAAACUUGAAGACAAGAUGCCUAAAAUAAAAUACGGUUCAAUAAAUGAAAGUCAUUAUAUAAAAAAAAUAUCUGUACUAGAACAACAGAUCAAAAAUCUGCAUUCAAAAAUUCAUAGCCAAGGGGAAGAACAACGAAAAUAUGAAGAAAAAGUGGGUGAAGUCUGGCAUGAAAAUAAAAAUUUAAAAAAAAGUUUAGAAGAGUUAAAUGCAUUGCUCGAAAAACAAACAGAAGUAAUAAAUUAUGAUAAAGUUAAGAUGAUGGGAAAAGAUUCAAAAAUUCGAAAUCUAGAGGGUAAAUAUUCAAAACGAAUUCCUAUAAACUAUUUAUCGGUAGUUAAAAAAUAAUUUCUUGAUUGUUCAGUGUUUUUUAACUGUGACUGUUUGGAGUAAUUAUAUUAGAUACAUUAAAUAAUAAUACAAUCAUGUGUUUUUUAACAGAAAGAAAUGAAUGCUCGUGAUAAUAAAUGUAAAUCAGUAAAUAGAGAAUUAGGUAUAGCACACAGAACAAUACUAGAUGUUCAAAAGG